AAAAAAACCAGAGGGGCCAGCAGGAGGGGCCAGGGGAUUGUUCUGCAAACAUUGUCUGAUUUACAAAGUUGGUGUUGUUCGGUUCUUCUGAUUAAGCUCUGGCUAUGGCGGAGGCGAACGCUACUGAACCAACCAAUUACGUUUCCGCUUAAAGCUUCUCUGCAGUGCAGUGCUUCUCUCUCCUUCUCUGGGUGUGGAUUCCGGUGCUUCCCAUGCCAAAAUACUCGCGGAUCCAUCGCUAAGUCUUCAUUUCAUGGAUGCUCGCCGCGGCUCCCGCAUCGUAAACCCCAAAGUUCGACAGGUAGGAUUCUUCACCAUCGACGCUCCAAAUCCCCCCAGCCGGAGCCUCUCCGUCCCGGCUGACUGCACCACUUCCCCCCAAUCCCACUCUCCCCUCACCAAUUCCUUAUCUCCGGUCAUGAUUCCCCCUCCCCGUCAUCUUUCCGAUAACCUUGCCUCUCGCUCCACUGUUCUCCCCGUUCCGGCUCCCGCCAAUUGGAGAAAUUCGGCCGACCAGAUCCCUGUUGGGAGCUACAAUCCUUCCGAGACGCUGCUUGGCACCUCUCCCGUGGCCUCGCCUUCGAGUAGAAUUGAGGACGAAGAGUUGGACUUAUCGGAGGAUUCCGCCACAUCCGUUUGGUAUCGCCGGAGCGGUUCGGGGAAGAUUGCGUCGAGCUUUCCGGGCGUUGGAAUCCACGUGGCGGCUAAGUCGUCGGAGAAUUCUCAGGCGGUGCCUCUCGCUAAUGCUAGGACUUCGGAACCUGACAAGCCUACUGGUGUCGCAGAAAAGAAUGGAGGGGCAUCCACAGAGGUCCCGAAUCAACAAUUACCACCAAGUUCAAAACCCCUGAAGGCGAAAACAACAAAGGCUGAAAGACGGGCUCUGCAGGAGGCACAACGAGCUGCAAAAGUUUCUGCUAAAGGUGAGGCGAACAAGUCAAGUACUGCUCCCGGUAAAGCUGUGAAGCAGCCUUCGGCUAUAAAAGAUAGCCCUGCCGCACCUUCGGUUGCAUCAACUGACAAAAGAGGAGGUGAUCGCACACUUGAUAAAGAAAGGAAGAAAGAUGCUCCCCAUCCACGAAUGCAGUUUGAUGAUAAAAAUAGGGUAGAAAAGGCUAAAAAGCGAGCAGUUUUCAACCAAACUGAAGCUAGGAAUAGGGUUGAAUUAUUUCGCCAUUUGCCACAAUACGAGCAGGGAACUCAGCUUCCUGAUCUUGUGUCGAAGUUUUUCCAACUUGACACCAUUCAUCCUGCCAUUUACAAGGUUGGCUUACAAUAUAUGGCUGGAGAUAUAUGUGGAGGCAAUGCUCGUUGUAUUGCAAUGCUUCAUGCGUUUCAACAGGCAAUUAAAGACUACUCAACUCCGCCACAGAAGUCUCUGGGUAGAGAUUUAACUGCAAAAAUUGGUAGCUAUGUGUCAUUCUUCAACGAAUGCAGGCCACUGUCUGUUAGCAUGGGAAAUGCAAUUAGGUUUUUGAAAAACCGCAUUGCCAAGUUACCAUUGAAUCUUCCGGAAUCCGAAGUAAAAGCUACGCUUUGCUCAGAUAUCAAUCGCUUUAUCAAUGAGAAGAUAAUACUUGCAGAUGAGGUCAUAGUUAGACAUGCUGCUACCAAGAUCAGAGAUGGAGAUGUUCUUCUCACAUAUGGAUCAUCAUCUGCUGUAGAGAUGCUUCUAUUAUACGCUCAUGAGCUCGGAAAACAAUUCCGUGUUGUGGUGGUGGAUUCCCGACCAAAAAUGGAAGGGCAAGCACUUCUUCGUAGGCUAAUAACAAGGGGCCUAAGUUGUACCUACACUCAUAUAAAUGCUAUUUCUUAUGUGAUGCAUGAAGUAACACGAGUUUUUCUGGGGGCUGCCGCAGUAUUAUCUAAUGGAACUGUAUAUUCAAGAGUGGGAACUGCAGGUGUUGCCAUGGUUGCUAAUGCAUUCCAUGUUCCGGUCUUAAUUUGCUGCGAAGCCUAUAAAUUUCAUGAAAGGGUACAGCUUGACUCGAUAUGUUUUAACGAAUUAGGUGACCCAGAUGCUAUCUCCAAGGUUCCAGGAAGGGAGGAAAUUAAUUACCUAGAUAAUUUGACUGCUAAAGAACAAUUGCAACUUCUAAAUUUAAUGUAUGACGCUACACCUUCAGAUUACAUCUCAAUGAUUGUCACAGAUUAUGGCAUGAUCCCACCAACAAGCGUACCGGUGAUCGUACGCGAGUAUCGGAGAGAGCACGUGUGGAUAUAAGGUGGAAGGAAGCUUAUUUCUCCAAGGAUAAAUCGUAGAUACUGGUAAGCUUAUGAUCAUGCGAGAAAUAGCCAAUGCAUGGUGGGAGGAUUUUUUCGAGUCAAAUCUGCAUCGAUAAACGACCUUCUAUCGUGCCAUACUGGUUUCAAAUUUUGAUUUUGGUAAAAUAACAGUUAGUUAAGAGUUUGAUUGUUGCCACUCCUUACAGCUUUUUGAAGUGUGUUUUUUAGGAGAAUGUAUAAUGAAUAAAGUUUGAAUGUUGAUGUCAAUGAAAAUGUCAAUAGGAACAUAAACAACGAACAAAAUUUGUAGAAUUUAUUUGAAUUAAUAAUUGAGACUUCAAUUACUGCU